AUGGAUUGUCCGAGAGUUGCCACAUUGCAGGCUUUGUUGAUAUUGUCAUCUCUUGAAGCUGCGGCUGGUCGUGAUUCACGAGGUUGGCUUUAUUCGGAAAUGACGGUACACCUUGUUUUCGAUCUAGGGCUCCAUCUUGAUCUAGGUCAUGAGGAGGUCAUACCCUCUUCGAGAAAGCGGGAUGAUGGUGGGCUAAAAUUCCUGUACAAGAGUAUUUUCCAGGCAGUCUGCUCGUCCAACAUGUUGUGGAGCGUCGGCACAGGACGUCCUGCUUCAAUGAAGAAUCUGAUACAGUUCAUCUCCGCCGAAGAGGUCCAGCCUUCGUCUCCGCGGCAAAAUCCCCCCAUCGACAAUAGUCCCACGCAAUUAUCGAGUGAUUCAGGCCAAAGUGGGGCAGAAGGAGUCCCCGUAUAUCUUUACCGUCUAUCGGUGGAAAUUUCAAAGGUCAUGGAAACCUUCUAUUCGAGACCCUUUGCGCUGAAUGGAAGUCCGACUAUCGCGAAAGAUAUUACUCUAUCACUUCAGAAUUGGCUCGGUGCUCUUCCAGCUGCUCUACGAAUAGAGGAAUCUGAAAAGAAGGCCAUUUCGAGUACUUAUCCCUCGGAAGUUAUUGAGCUGAAGUAUAGCUUUACCGCUCUAAAACAGCUGAGAGAGAUUGUUCUAACCCGUGGUCAUCGACUAGUCUACAAUAACACGAGGCAAUCAUCCUAUUUCACCGCCCUUUUUUCUCCACUGCCAGUCCAGCGGACAAAAGUUCGCCUCAAACUAUAG